AUGGCGCUCCCCAAGAGCAUGCGGCUGCUCGCAGCCGUUACUCUGUGUCUGCUCAUUUAUAUGGUAACGCUCAUCUUCCGCGCGCCCGUUGAGCUGCAGCUUCCGGCGAAGGGGACUUCAACCUCCGCAAGGGUUCGGGGUUGGGACCCAGAAACGAAGAAGUGGAAUCAUGACCCCCAGUUAGAUCCCUCUGGAGAACCACCAGGACCGUUGCGCCGAGUCGAAGGGAACAACUAUGCGCCCAACAAUCCGAACAGUGCCCGUAUAAAUGCAACGAUCCUGAGCUUAGUACGCAACUCAGAAGUCGACGACAUGGUGCGGAGCAUGCAGGAUUUGGAGAGGACAUGGAACUCCAAGUUCAAUUACCCGUGGACCUUCUUCAACGACGAGCCGUUCUCAGAGGAGUUCAAGAAGAAGACGAGGGCAGCUACCAAGGCCGAGGUACGGUAUGAACUUGUUCCAAAGGAGCACUGGGAAGUCCCCAGCUGGAUCAACCGCGACCUCUACGAUGAGUCCGUUUCCGUUCUUGUGGCGCAAGGAGUGCAGUACAUGGAAAAACUCUCCUACCACCAGAUGUGUCGCUGGAACUCGGGUUUCUUCUCCGAGCACCCUGCCCUUGCGUCCUAUCAAUACUACUGGCGUGUCGAGCCCAACGUGCACUUCUUCUGCGAUAUUGAUUACGAUGUCUUCCGCUGGAUGCAGGACCACAACAAGACUUACGGCUUCAACAUCAACAUUUACGACUCUCCGGAAAGUGUGGCUACGCUGUGGCCGGAGACACGUAAGUUCCUGGCUGAUCACCCAAACUAUGUACAUCCAAACAAUGCGCGAGCGUGGUUGGAGGAUAAAGAGAGACGGCCGGAGAAUAAUCAAAAGGCAAAUGGCUACUCGACAUGCCAUUUCUGGUCCAACUUUGAAAUCGGCGAUCUAGGUUUCUGGAGGAGCAAGAAGUAUCGCGAUUACUUUAAUCACCUCGAUCGUGCGGGCGGGUUCUUCUAUGAAAGAUGGGGCGAUGCACCAGUCCAUAGCAUCGCGUUGGGGCUCUUCGAGGACAAGGAGAAGAUCCACUGGUUCCGGGACAUUGGCUACCAGCAUAUCCCCUUCUUCAACUGCCCAAACAAUCCAAAAUGCUCCGGCUGCGUCACCGGUCGCUUCACCGAUGGAGAGAAGUGGCUCAACCGCGAGGACUGCCGUCCACUAUGGUUCAAAUACGUCGGCAUGGAUUGA